AUGAAUGUAAUUCUCUUUGUAUCUACCUAUUUAUUCUCUUCAUAUCUAUCUAUCUAUCUAUCUAUCUAUCUAUCUAUCUAUCUAUCUAUCUAUCUUAUUCUUUCUCUUUCUAUCUAUUCAGGACUCACAACAAGGAUGAUUGCACUGAUAAUGACAGCAACCGGGUUUUAUUUAACCACCCAAGUGGACUCCCGGGGGUACAUGAUGGGCUGCCUGUGUCCGAAAUUUCGCCAAGCCCUCCACACAGAGAACAAAGCUGCAGAAGAAACUCCUAAGUUUUCUUGUGACCAGCUUGUGUUUUUCUUUCUUUUUCUUUACUGCUUUCCUUUACUCUCCCUUUUCUUUACUCUCAAUGCUUCUCUCUCUGUUCAUUACUCACUCUCUCUGUUCCCUCCCUCUGUUCAUUACUCUCUCUCUCUUCCCUCCAUUAUACUCUCUCUCGUUCGUCCAUUACACACUCUCUUCCCUCCGCCUGUUCAUUACUCUUCCUCUCUGUUAAUUACUCUCUCUCUUCUUCUCAAUUACUCUCUCUCGCUCCCUCACUAUCCGUUAAUUACUCUCGCUCCCUCACUAUCCGUUAAUUACUCUCGCACACCCUCUAUCCUCCAUAACACACUCUUCCCUCCGCCAAUUCAUUACUCUUCCUCUCUAUUAAUUACUCUCUCUCUUCUUCUCAAUUACUCUCUCUCUCCCUCUCUAUCCGUUAAUUACUUACGCUCCCUCUCUAUCCAAUUAAUUACUCUAGCUCCUCUCUAUCCAAGAAAAACCUCUCUAUCCAUUAAUUACUCUAUUUUCUCCCCUCUAUCAAAAUUGUUCUCUCUCUCUCCCCCUCUAUCCGUUAAUUACUCUCUCUCUCUCAUUCCUCUCUCUGUUCAUUACUCUCUCUGUUCAUUACUCUCUUUCAUCCCUCUUUCUGUUCAUUACUCUCUCUCUCUCUCUCUCUCUCUCAUCGCUCUUUCUGUUCAUUACUCUCUCUCUCUUCAUUACUCUCUCUCUCUGUAUCUGUCUUUUUUUUUAUUUUUUAUUCUUUCAUUGUCCCCCAUCUGCCUAUUUUCGUACUUUUACCCACACGAAAUCUGUUACUUGAUGUUUUUCCUCCUAAUUCUUUGCUUGGUUACAAUGGAAACAAAAAAAAUUCCAUAUGAGUUUUUCUGUUAA